UUGCUCUUGCCUGCGAAUGUCCUAAUCCUCACCAGUCACCACACUUGACAGCCUAAAAAAUACUCCGUAGUCAAAAUCCCAGGGAGAUAGUAGGCCGUCCAAACCAACUCAACCGGGAAAGUCCUCGCCGGAGGCGGUUGGUUUGAGUGAAUUCAACAGCUCAUUGGUUAUUUCCUUCUUGAUGAAGGCAAAAAUUAGCAAAACGAGUAUCACGUGCGCGUAUAGAAAUAAUUCGGAUUAUAUAUUACGUACGCGGACCUCAUAUCUUCUGCUCAAAGCUGACUUUUUUUUAUUUCAUUAUUAAGAUCGAGCGCUCAAUCAUGGAGGAGCCACUACUAUCAGCAAAAGCGGAAAACCUAAGUGGGCAGAGAGACUGGGAACGAUGGAGUUCAUCGUCUGCUUAUGUGGGAAGAACAAUUCCGACAGCUCCUUUGGUCGGAACCGAAGUCAGCGUAGAUGAGAUUCGAUCUGCCGCCGCAGCAGCAACUGCUGCUUCCAUUUCCUACCCUCCUAUACCUCAUUCUCCUCCCUUGCCCAGCUUUCCCCAAUCCCAUCACUUUGUCAACUACCAAGGUGGAUAUUAUGGAGAAGUAGCAAGAGCUACUGGUGGCAUAAGAAGGCAAGAGCUAGAUGAGGUAGAGAUACGAGAGUUGCUAAUAGAUGAAAUUGGCCAUCGUUGCUGUUGGGGAAGUCGUCCAGCUCGUACCUGGAAAAUUCAUGCGGUAGAGGACUGCAAUGUAUAUGUGGGAAUACUGGAUACUUUUAUAGAGGAGAGGGAAGUAAUUGCAGAAACAGAGCCGUACUUUGGUGGCAAUAUGGAAGGAAACAAUGAAAACUAUGAAGUGGGAAUAUGGGAUUUGGAUUUAAGGUCUGAACUUCCCGGCUUGUUCAUACCUUAUAAAGAAUCAAAGAUGAGAGUUCCUCACUCUGAAAUUAUUGGCAAAUGCCCAGGUUGUCAUGGACGGGGAAGUGUAGUUUGCCCAACUUGUAAUGCAGAUCAAGAUCCCAAGUUCUACAAGGAAGGUCAAACUUCUCAGUGUCUCCAAUGUUAUGGGAGAGGCCUAAUUGCUCAUAAAGAUGGAUCUGAUACCAUAUGCCAGAAGUGCAAAGGCGAUGGAAAAGUGUCUUGUCCCACUUGCGAGUCACGUGGGCUAAUGAGAUGCCAGACAUGCCAGGGUAGUGGUUCACUGUUGUCAUACAAAGUUGCUGUUGUCAAAUGGAAGACAGUGUCAAACCGGAAAGUGAAUGCCACGAGCGGAGCAGCUUCAGUUCCGGACGGUGUAUUCCACAGAGCUAAAGGGGUGCAGCUAUGGAAUAACCAGGCACCAUACCAGUGCACCCCUGCCUGUUUUGAAGAUCCAUAUUUCCUCAACAAAUUUUCAUCUGAGGUAAUUGCAGAGAGGGGUCCCGUGCCGCCGCUUGCAAGAGUCAUAAGUGAAAGGCAUAUCAUCUCUGUCGUCCCGGUGACACGCGUAACCAUGACGGCUCCUCAUCGCAAUCGCUCCUUCAGUUUCUAUAUCAUUGGAUACAGCAGGGAGGUCUACCUACGGGACAAUGACUACCCUUCAACAUUUUGUUGGGGUCUUUGCCAUUGCUGUGGUUGGUUCAAACUUUAAGCAUAUCUUGCAUUAGAGUUUCAUUAAAAAGAAUUUUUUUUCUCCACUAUGAUCAUAUCUAUAUAAUUGUAUCCUAGUGUAUUAUUUUAUACUCCAUCUAAUAAAAUUUGGCCAAAUUUCUUUUUCUGGUUGUCCCAAAAACUGUCAUUUUCAUUUAAAGUAAGAAAU